GAAUACUUUUUCGUGAUCAGCACCGAAUUCGUGAUCGUUUGCCAUCAAAAUCUUACUUAUUAAAAAAUGUCGGAAAAAGGCAUGUCAAGCAGUGUAUAACGUGUUUUUUUCACACUGGCGCUUCCAUGGGGAUAAUAUGAAAAAAGCUACGGGCAAACGUACACAUUUCCCAGUCAAGUGUCGCCUUAAUUACAUAAAAAUUUCACACAGAUCAGGUUUUGUUCAGCUGCAUUCUUUACCCUCCAAGCGUCUACCCCUCCCCUUAGCAUACUUGAGUGUUCUAAGGUGCAAUAGCCAUACAUAGAGAGAGAGAGAGAGAGCGAAUGAGAGAAAGAGGGAGAGGGACAAGUGGCUGCACUUGCCACGCUUGACUUGACCACAUUCAACUUGCAGCAGCAGGCUGCCUGCAUGUAAUGUGGAAACUGCAGAUAAAAGCGUAACACACAAAAAACCAGAUAAAAAGAGGCAGCGAUCGCAACAAAGGACUGGUAGAGGGAGAGUUAAAGAACCUUUAGCAUACAUUUCUGAAUGGAAUAAUUAUGUGAUGGGCUCGUGCUCGUGUACGCGGCGACACUUUUUGUUGUCAAUAUGCUUCCUGCAAGUGAUAACGAUUCUCGAACGCCAGGUAUUCGACUUUCUCGGAUACAUGUGGGCCCCCAUCCUGGUGAAUUUCUUCCACAUUCUAUUUAUCAUAUUUGGAUUCUAUGGCGCAUAUCACUUUCGCGUUAAAUACAUCAUCACCUAUCUAAUAUGGAACUUCCUAUGGAUCGGCUGGAAUGCUUUCCUCAUUUGCUUUUAUCUGAAUGUGGGGCAGUUGGAUAGGGACAGUGAUCUACUCAAUCUCGGCACGGGCAGCGUUUCCUGGUUCGAGGCGAACGGUUAUGGAUGCCGGCCCACCUACAACAUGACGGCGGAUGAUCCGUUCCGUCCACAGCGGCCGGAGACCGUAGAGGGCUGCCUGCUCGACUAUACGCUGGUGGAGAUUAUUCACUCGGGAGUUCAGUGCGGUCUGGCGCUGCUCGGUAUACUCGGUGCGAUUCUGAUCAGUUGCAUAUUUCUGGACGAGGACGAUAGAUUCGAUUUCAUGAACGGCGACGCGAAGAGUCCCCAGCACACCGUGGUGCACCCAAUGUACGUGAGCUAUACAAGUAUACCCACAACAUCCGCAAGUGCCACAAUGCAAUCAAACAAGCAUCUGCAGCUGCAACUGCAGAACCAGCAGCAGCAGCAGCAAAACUCACUGAAACUCUAUCAUCAUCAGCAACAAGUAUCACACUUAAACCAGAACUACCAACUGAACAACAGCAACAAUAAUACACUCAACAAUAAUCUUCACCAGCGUCAGGCGCCGCCUCAGCCGCCGCUAGACACACCAAUUAACCACAAUGCAUCAUUCCAACGCCACCACCAAUCAGUCAAUCAUCUAACCCAGCGCACAAGUGGCGAGAACAGCAACAGCAGCAGCCUGAGGCGCCAGCGGCACCACCAGAUCAGUGGCUCCGGUCCCAGUCCCAUGUCCCCGCAGACUACUCCCUCGCUUUCGUACGCCUCGCUGCAGAACUCCAAUCCCUAUCUGGCCAACUCGCUGAGCAACAGCAACUAUAGCAUCUUCCAGGGCAUCCCCGAGUGUGUGGGCAGCGGCACCCACUUUGCCCGCAUCCACCACAAGGCCAAGGCUCCCAAGUCGGGGCUCAUAUCAUCACCAGGUGUGGGUGUAGAUUCAGGUGUAGGCAUCGGCAUGGCAGGCCACUCCCCAGUCCGUCCGCUCGAUCGUCUCUCGCGCAAUCUCGAGGAGGAAGAGGACAACUUUUCAAUGCAGCAGCUCUCCUCUGGGGCAAAUGGCGUCACAUAUGUGCCCUUCAGGAGUCCCACGCCCAGCACUCUCUUCGUGCACGAGAACAACAACAAUUCUCAGCCCCACAUCGUCUUUAACUCGGCUACGCGCUCUAGUCCCAACAACAAUGUCUCCUUUCCCUAUGAACAGAAUGGAUUGCCUUCCACACUGCGUGUGGGCCCCAGUCCAAAGGCCCGGCGACCCACACAGAUUCCGUUGCCCACAGUGCCGCUGCACACCUGCCACGUGCUGGACGAAGACGAGGAUGAGGAGGUGAAUGGGGAUCAAAUACUGACGCCCCCGCCUCCACCCGUGCCCCGUCCGCACAUCUUCCAUCAGCGCCUGGGUCAGGCGCCCUAUCCUGAUCUCUCGCCCGAGAUAGCUGAAAAAUACGCCAUGCCCACCCAGCAUGUGUCCGUGGCCUCUUCCAUUCCCGUUCCGGUGCCCCACGGCUCGCCCAUGGUGCGACGAACCCAUCGCCGCCACCGACCCGCUAUUCCGGCUCAAGCCAAUUUUUGCGAUCAAAUCCGCGCCCCUCCCCUCGGCUACGUGGUGCGCACACAGAGUGACGAUCGACUGGUGGAGGCGAAUCAACAGACGGAGGCGGCUCCCCGCGUCAAUCGUCGGAGCAACAACAAGACCCGUCCCCGCUCCUUCUGCAGCUCCAUUGUGGGCGUACAGGCCUAGAUCCCGGCCAGCGAAGCCUCCAAGUACGUCCAGCUCCCUACACUCUCCUCUCUAUCUCCAAUCGCCUCUCUGUAAUCUUCUCUCUGUCCGUGCAGGUGCUGGGCCAACUGCUGCUUGUGUCACCAUCUGCCAUGCCCAACUUGUAGCAAGGAUCCCCUCUGGUCCACUUCCGAACCACCCACAUAUACUAGACGUACAUACUACAUUUUGUUGUUUCUAUGUUGUGCCUAACCAGCCAUGGCUGAUGACAAUGGCUCCCUUCCGCAACCAUAAGCUUCCAGCACGUGAGCUCAUCGAUUCGGACACGGAUUCGGCCUAGCAAAUGUCUUAACUUAUUUAACCAAGCCAAGUAUUUUUGUAUCAGCCAAAAUACACAGCACACGCAUGUCCUAAAUACAUCGAGGGUCUUUCCCGUCGACUUGUGAUAGGAAAUCGAAAUGCGGAAAGGCCCUACAUAUAACACACAAGAGAGCCUGCAUAAUUUUAUGUUGAUCUGUGAUAACUCUAAAAAAAAUAACGACAAAACGAUUAAUUAUAUAGCGAAAAUGUCACAAAGAAAGUUGAACAAAAGUUGAAAUUGAAAGAAACGAAAAGAGAUAAGGAAAAAUAAUUUAUAGAGCCAAUUGCAACCAGAUGCCUUGGAUUAAGAAUGGAUUAGAGAUUAAUAUACAAAAAGAAAAUAUAUAGAUGUGUUAAAAAUGUGAGUGGGAGAGCGCAGCCUCCCACCUUCAGCUGCCUUUUGUUGUUUAACUAAUUAAAAUACGAUUUACAAUACAUACAUAUACCAAUCGUUACGACAUAGACGUUAGUUUGUCAAACAAAGAAGUUGCCUAAUGGAAUAAGAUUCGUGCGAGAUUCGUUACUUAGACAAAUAAUUACAUGAAAACGAUCGAUCUAUAUAGAUAUACACAGACAUACAUAUAUGUGAAUGUUUAAGUUUAGUGUUAAGCUUGAAGCCACACAAAAAGUAGUUAUAGACGCGCAAGCAACGCCAAGCAGAGCAAAUCCAAUUCAUAGCUUAGUAGAAUAUCUAACUAUUUACCUUAUAGAUUGUCACUGUGCUGAUCUAUAGUGGUGCGGAUUGUGGUGCCAAUUAUCGACGACAUUCGAAAGCGUUUCCAAUAAAUGUUCAUUUACACCAAAA